AUGCCAAGGCUUUUUAACUUCCAGGGCAGCGAUGCCGAAUAUAUCCAAUAUCUCGAGUGCAAGGUCCUCGAGGCACAGCGCCUUUCAGGGUCCUCUGCUCCGCGGCAUCCAGAGCAUUCGGACCAAGGACCUGGGCCUCUGUCAACCGACGCCGCCCCCAUUCACUUCAUUAUCUGGCAGCCACCAGAUGAUCGGGAACUGGUCGUUAGGGGAUGUCGGUAUGGACAGUGGAUGUUGGUCUGCAUAGAACAGAACAACUUCACCCGCCGCGUGGUGAAUUUCCAAAAAUUAAUCUUUACCAGUUAUUGUGCGGUCCUGCUGCAUGUGGAUAAUGCAAAAGACACGGUUUACGCCAUGAUGGAACGAUAUCUCGGGCGGAUAUACGACACGAAGACCCUGGACUACUAUCGGUACGGCUCGUUGUGGGCGAAUCGGUGCAUGGCUUCCCUUCUUCACCAGGGAUGGGGCGCAAGGAGCUGGGAGGUGUUUCUCCUCCAAACGCGGACGCCGGCCCAGUUUGGACGAUUCGCAAUGAGUGCGUCCCAGAGCCACGGGGAGGUUGCGAAGCGGCUGGGACCCCCGCCGGUGACGGGUGAAGAUCCCGGAUGGAUCCCGUACUGUUUGCCAAGUAUCCUCCAGGACAUUAUGGGAGGCACAAUUGAAUUAUGUGUUAUCUGCCAGUGCCUAGGGUAUGAUCGGACCACAGUCUCCUCUAUUCACGAUUUAUUUGUCCAGAGGAUGCGGCGUGGAGACGAGCUCGCACUCGGUCAUCCGCCCAACGCUCGAGCAUAG